AUGUACAAAGUAGUCGCCAAUCCCAUACGCAUAGGCGCUUCCCUGUCGCUCAUGCGUGGUGCCACUCGUCGAUUCCGCAUCUCGGCAUGCUUAAAUGCGGCGUCUCUGUUUAAGAUGCCUGCAAUGUCUCCAACUAUGACUGAAGGAGGAAUCGUAUCAUGGAAAGUGAAAGCAGGCGACAAAUUUUCAGCCGGUGACGUUUUGCUCGAAGUCGAGACAGACAAGGCUACUAUUGAUGUGGAGGCUCUGGACGAUGGGAUAAUGUGGGAGGUGUUAGAACAAGAAGGUGCUUCGGGUAUACCUGUUGGUAAGACCAUUGCCUAUUUGGCUGAGCCAGGAGACGACCUAGCUACUUUAGAGAAGCCCAAGGAAGAGCAAAGUUCGAACAAGGAACAGACCAAAGAAGAGAAGUCCGAAAAGAAAAGUUCCACCGCUGCACAAUCAUCUCAAGCAAAGGACACUAAAACUCAGAGUGAGCCUUCAUCCUCCAAAUCAGAAAAGAACAAGAAUUCAGGUAUUUUCAAAAGCGCUAACCCCCAUCAAAAGCUCUUUCCCUCGGUGGAAUUACUUCUACAUGAAAACGAAAUUUCAGUUGAAGAUGCAUUAGAGAAGAUCCCUGCUUCUGGCCCCAAGGGCAGAUUAUUGAAAGGUGACGUAUUGGCCUAUUUAGGUCGCAUUUCGAGUGAGUCUGUUGAAAAUGUUGCUAAAUUCAUCUCGCUGAGAGAACAUUUGGACUUGUCAAACAUUCAAAUCGCACAACCUGAAGCUCCAAAGCAAGAACCAAAGAAGGAGGAAGUUGCAGAUUUGAAACCUUCGAAUGUUGUGUCGUUCAAUGCAGUAUACGAAUUAAAUGAUGAACUUACAACUUCAGACUUCAUGCUUGAUUUCGAGAGAGCUCUUCAAGACGCAAAGCAGCUUGCAUAUGCUGAGAGAUUCCCCGAAUUUGCGACCACUCCUUCUCCAUCAUUGUUGGGGCCCUCUUCUGACCUUUUUGAUGACAUCGUUUCUCCACCUGUCACAAGACCCCGCUUUCAGGUGCAAAAUUUGAGUUUCGACUUCAAGAAAACUUCAUUAUCAAACAUAACUCCUUCUGGUGACCUUUUUGAUGAAAUUAUUGGUACUCCCUCGAGCGUCAUCAAAGACGUGCCUGAAGGAUCAGAGUCCCGCAACGUCAGCGUCAAGUUUGAUGUAAAGUUUGAUGAGGGACUUGUAGAUUCAGCCCUUUUUGUGAACAACUUUGAGGAUAACUUACUCACGAUUAUUCCCCCCAAAGAGUUAGUAGUGGCAUAA